CAUAUUUUUUCUUCCUGCUGUACAAAGUACGUAGAUAAAGAGUGUCUUUACUUUUAUUCAUCUAGAUGGCUCAAGCGGAAAUAAGCUUAAGCUGAUGCUUCAAAAACGAGAAGCUCCUGCUCCAGCUAAAACAGAGGUGUCAGUAAAAGAAAACAAGGCCAAGGAGUUUUUAAGCAGUCUGAAACGCCAGAAGCGCCAGCUGUGGGACAGGACUCAACCAGAUGUGCAGCAAUGGUACCAACAAUUCCUCUACCUGGGAUUUGAUGAAGCAAAAUUUGAAGAUGAUGUCUCCUACUGGACAAGCCUGGGACGGGGUGGCAAUGAAUACUAUGGUGGACAUUACCAGCACCAUUAUGAUGAAGAUGCACCUAUUGGUCCACGAAAUCCACAUACCUUCAGGCAUGGAGCAAGUGUUAAUUAUGAUGACUAUUAACCUCAUUUAUUCUACUAUAACUAAUCAUUCUAAGGGGGUAUUGGAUUGAGAUGAGUUCUCUCAUUCACAUUCCCUCUUCUUUUUUUUUUUUACUAGUCAUUUAUAUGAACAAAGAGAAGAACUGUCAAGCACAGGAAAAAGUAAUUUAGAAUUUUUUUUUUUACAGUUAGUAGUACAUUAUGUAGUCAUGUUAGAAUUAAAACCUUUUAUUAAAAUAAGCAUUUUUCCCA